UCUCUGAUUAUAGCGUCUCUACAGCUGCUGUACUCGCAUGCCAAUCGGUCGCCAAAAAUUGCCUUAUGUGUGUUACAUGUAUAGCGGGAGGUGAUUGGUUAUCGCGUCGUUUCUUGCCACGCGUUGCUGCCGUGUUAUAUGCUGAGACGAGCGGGUUAUUCUAAUCUUUCGAUUGGACCCGCAAUUUUACGAGUCAGUCGAAUAUGUCAGUUCAAAUGUGAACGCCGCGGGAAGCGCGUGUGACUGGUAGGCACGGAAGCUAUUAGCGAGCUAGAGUCAAUCACAUCUAUUCAGAAUCAUGUCGCAGUAUGAGGAUGCCAUUCUGGAAGCCAAAGACAAAGAGGAGAAUUUGCUCGAGGAAUCAGGAAUACGACAUCGCAUUCCAUGGAGCGAUCGUGUGUUGUUAAACAGUGAGAUACCUGGUUUACACGAGGUUAAAGAGUUACUGGAUGACGAUGAUGCGAGUUGUCUGGCAGAAGAGGAGGACGGAGUUGGGUGCCCUUUGCCCUCGACUCCGGAAGAUGAUCACCUUCUGGACUGUGAAAUGACAGAAGUAUUGAAGGCAGGCGUGUUGAGUGAUGAGAUUGAUCUGGGCGCCUUGGCACAUAACGCAGCGGAACAGGCUGAGGAGUUUGUUCGAAAAGUGUGGGAGGCGUCAUGGAAACAAUGCCACUUUAGAAAUCUGCCGAGAUGGUUGCAGGACAACGAUUUUUUGCACGCCGGUCAUAGGCCGCCACUGCCUUCAUUUUAUGCGUGUUUCAAAAGUAUCUUUCGAAUCCACACAGAGACUGGCAAUAUCUGGACACAUUUGCUAGGCUGCGUUGCCUUUAUCGGUAUAGCUAUAUUUUUUCUAACGCAACCUCCUAUAGAGAUACAAUUGGAGGAGAAAGUGGUGUUUGGUAUCUUCUUUGCUGGCGCUAUAAUUUGCCUAGGAAUGUCGUUUGCCUUUCACACAGUUCAUUGUCACAGCGAAUGCGUUGGAAAACUGUUCUCCAAGUUAGAUUAUUGUGGCAUCGCUAUGCUUAUUAUGGGUAGUUUUGUACCGUGGCUUUAUUAUGGAUUCUAUUGCGACUACCAACCCAAACUAAUUUAUCUCUCUGUGGUGGUUGUCCUCGGCAUAACCAGCAUAGUAGUAUCGCUUUGGGAGCGAUUCGGCGAGCCGAAUUAUCGUCCGCUCAGAGCCGGAGUCUUCAUGGGAUUCGGACUUAGUGGGGUAAUACCAGCGGUACAUUAUGCUGUCGCCGAAGGUUGGUUCAAGGCGAUCAGUCAAGCAUCUCUCGGAUGGUUAAUACUGAUGGGAUGUCUGUAUAUAUUAGGAGCAUUAUUCUAUGCUUUAAGGGUACCUGAACGUUUUUUCCCAGGAAAGUUUGAUAUUUGGUUUCAGAGCCAUCAAAUCUUCCAUGUAUGGUAAUUGCGGCCGCUUUCGUUCAUUACCACGGUAUUACGGAGAUGGCAAUGCACAGAAUGACAAUAG